AUGGCGAGGCAGGGCGUGGGUCGUCUCUCUCAUUCUGUCUGUCUGGUAUUGGCAUGUCUGUCCCUGGCUCUCCACCUCAUCCUGGCCCUCUUCUGUCUCUCCAUCCUCCAAACAUCCUGCGUUAUCCCCCCCUCCUCCUCCUCCUCUUUGUCUUUUCCUGGAACUAGUCCCCAUGGACAACAGGGGAGAUCUCACUCCAUUUCCUCACAAAGCAGCUCACACAAACUACCAACAAGUCUCAUGAAUGGAGACUUUACCAAAAUGGCCUCAUUCAACAUGAUCAAUGAGAAGGAGAAGGACAAAAAGCUGAUUGUAACCAAAAUGGCCACCAAAGUGAGCCAACAGGUCAGCAGUCGCUCCAAACUGGAGGCCCUAUUCAGCCACCCGCUGUACAACCUGCCACGCCCACAUCUGCAGGAAGACGAUUGGCUGCUGAAGUUGAAGCCAAAGAAGAAGGGGGAGGACAGUGAGGAGGAAGAUGAGGAGGAGGACAGUGACAAAAGCAGUGAAGAUAGUGAGUGGUGAGUGAGAGAAAGAGGUGUGGAAGACUACUGAUAACAACUGAUAAGAAUAAAAAUGUAAGAGGAAAAAACAACAUGACAACAAAGUAUAUCAUUCUGUCAUAGCAUAUUACUUUUCUCAUACAUUUGUGAUACUCAUUGCUUAAUUGGCCAGUUUCCCCAUCCAUCUUCCCCUGCUAAUUUCCUGAUAGGCAGAGUGACAGCGAGCAGGAUGGCUAUGACCGAGCUAAUUGGACAAGAAGUGCAGAGACCCACCCCCCCUGGCUGAGGUACCACCUUGGGAUCUCUCGCUGGGAGCUGUAUGACAGGAAUGACCCUAGCGUUGCCGAGGUGAUUCAACAGAUGGCCACACAACGCAUCCUCAGCGCAGGUGAGAGGGUUGAGCCGGGGUGUGGACAUGGUGAAGCUAAGGUUCAGGUUAUGGCUAGGGUUAAUGUUGAGCUGGGGUGUGGACAUGAAGCUAGGGUUAGGGUUAUGGCUAGUGGUCUGUAUAAUUCAGGAACGGCAUUGUACACUGAACAAAAAUAUAAAUGCAACAUGUAAAGUGUUGGUCCCAUGUUUCAUGAGCUGAAAUAAAAGAUCCCAGAAUGUUCCAUAUUCACAAAAAGCUUAUUUCUCUCAAAUUGUGUGCACACAUUUGUUUACAUCCCUGUUAGUGAGCAUUUCUCCUUUGCCAAGAUAAUCCAUCCACCUAAAAUGUGUGGCAUAUCAAGAAGCUGAUUAAACAGCAUGAUCAUUACACAGGUGCACCUUGUGCUGGGGGAUAAUAAAAGGCCACUUUAAAAUGUGCAGUUUUGUCACACAACACAAUGCCACAGAUGUCUCAAGUUUUACAAUUGGCAUGCUGACUGCAGGAAUGUCCACCAGAGCUGUUGCCAGAGAAUUGAAUGUUAAUUUCUCUACCAGCAUGCCAUCGUUAUUUGAGAGAAUUUGGCAGUAUGUCCAACCGGCCUCACAACCACAGACCACGUGUAACCAUGCCAGCCCAGGACCUCCACAUCUGGCUUCUUCACCUGCGGGAUCGUCUGGGACCAGCCACCCGGACAGCUGAUGAAUUUCUGCACUCAAAAACCGUCUCAGGGAAGCUCAUCUGCGUGCUUGUCGUCCUCACCAGGGUCUUGGCCUGACUGCAGUUCGGUGUCGUAACCAACUUCAGUGGGCAAAUGCUCACCUUCAAUGGCCACUGGCAUGCUGGAGAAGUGUGCUCUUCACAGAUGAAUCCCGGUUUCAACUGUACUGGGCAGAUGGCAGACAGCAUGUAUGGCGUCAUGUGGGUGAGCGGUUUGCUGAUGUCAACAUUGUAAACAGAGUGCCCUGUGGUGGCGGUGGGUUUAUGGUAUGGGCAUAAGGUAUGAACAACAAACACAAUUGCAUUUUAUUGAUGGCAAUUUGAAUGCACAGAGAUACCGUGACGAGAUCCUGAGGCCCAUUGUCGUGCCAUUCAUCCCCCACCAUCACCUCAUGUUUCAGCAUGAUAAUGCAAGGCCCCAUGUCGCAAGGAUUUGUACACAAUGCCUGGAAGCUGAAAAUGUCACAGUUCUUCCAUGGCCUGCAAUCUCACCAUUGAGCAUGUUUGGGAUGCUUUGGAUCGACGUGUACGACAGUAUGUUCCAGUUCCCGCCAAUUUCCAGCAACUUCCCACAGCCAUUGAAGAGGAGUGGAACAACAUUCCACAAGCCACAAUCAACAGCCUGAUUAACUUUAUCCGAAGGAGAUGUCACGCUGCAUGAGGCAAAGGGUGGUCACACCAGAUACUAACUGGUUUUCUGAUCCACGCCCCUACCUUUUUUGUAACAGAUGCAUAACAGAUGCAUAUCUGUAUUCCCAGUAAUGUGAAAUCCAUAGAUUAGGGCCAAAUUAAUGCAUUUAAAUUGACUCAUUUCCUUAUAUGAACUGUAACUGCAAAUCUAUGAAAUUGUUGCAUGUUGCAUUUAUAUUUUUGUUCAGUGUAGGUUACUCCAUGUCCACUCCAUGUCCAGUUCAUGUUGAUUGAUACAGAGUUGACCUCAACUCUGCUUAGUAACACAGUCAUCAUCAUGUUUGAGGAAGUUGGGCUUCCCCUUGGGGUUGAAAGAUAAAAGAGUACCACCACCAUUUAAUGGCUCAUUAAUUUAACCCAACUGUGUAAAAGCAAGCUACAGUGGUGCCACAGGCUACUGUACUGCAGGCAGUCGUGUUUGAAUUACAAUAUUUCUGGCUUAGUUUAAUCAAAAAAGCAGUAUAAAUUAAAGGGAUACUUCAGGAUUUUGGCAGUGAGGCCAUUUGUGUACUUUCCCAGAGUCAGGUGAACUGCUGGAUUCCAUUUUUAUGUCUCUGUGUCCAGUAUGAAGGAAGUUAGAGGUAGUUUCAUGAGCCAAUGCUAACUAGCCUGCUAGCAUGCUAGCAGAUACCAUAGACUUCCAGUCAUUGCGCUAACACUAGUUAGCAUUGGCUCGCGAAACGACCUCUAACUUCCUUCAGGAGCACUAACUUCCUUGAGGAGCAUUAGCGAGACAUCACACACACACACACACACACACACACACACACACACACACACACACAAGAGUUGGCAUUACAGUGGAUGAAGAGAUUACCCUGGGAGGCUGUAAAACAUUGUCUGAUGGCCCUCAAAUCCUGUCUGUUAUGAGACUGUUCAGAAGCCUUAGUUGGGAUCCAUUUGUUUAUCUGUCACAUGUAAACAAGGAAGUAGCGUGCACUCUAAAAAAAUAACUGCUGGGUUGCAGGCGUUGGGUCACUUAGAUGGGUUGUUUUCUUUAAGAACUGCUGGGUUAUUGAUGCUGGGUGAUGGGUUAUUUAUGCUGGUUUAUUGAGAUAUGACUCAGUGGAUGAGCUCAGAAGACUAGAGGCAGGGGCGUGUCUUUCAGAUUGUUCUUUUUGGCCACCUGUGAGAGUAAAUGUAAUUCCGGUUCAUCUGCUUUGUUGUAUUGUUAAGAUCCUCAAGACCCUAUGCAUAUGUUGGGUAAUGUCAAUAAUAAUGUUAUGAAUUUUAUAUUAUAAUAUGUCAUGUGCAAAAAAAAGAAAUUUGCGGUGUACAAUCUUAACAUGAUGAAUAGGAAUUACAUUUACUCUUACAGGUGGCCAAAAAUAAUUAUCUGAAACCCACCUCCCUAAUAAAAUAACCUAUGGAGCUGCUAUGUCAUCCCAACUAAUGGUUAAAAAAACCAACUGAUGGUAAAAUUAACCCAUGUUUGUAUAAUGCAUAUUCACGCAACCCAACUGGCUGGGUCAAACUAACCCAAUGUGUGUUCUGUCCAAUAUUUACCCAGCGCUUGGUUACCAAAUAACCCAAAUUGGGUUGUUUUUAACCCAGCAUUUUUUGGUGUAAGGGGAAGGGGAAGGGGGGGGCGGGAGUUUUGUGUGUGUGUGUGUGUGUGUGUGUGUGUGUGUGUGUGUGUGUGUGUGUGUGUGUGUGUGUGUGUGUGUGUGUGUGUGUGUGUGUGUGUGUGUGUGUGUGUGUGUGAGUAUAAUAAUUAAACACACAAUCUAAAGAAACAAACAAAAGCCAAAAUCAAUUCUUAAACACUAAUCAAUCAACCAUAAACUGUAAGGAUAAAAUCUAAAACCACUGAAAAAAGUAUUUAAACUGCAAAAUACACAAAGUGAUUACACCAAACUAGAACGCCAGCAAAUGGAUGAGAGUGAGGAAACAAUCAGAGCAGAAACUUGAAAGCCAGAUAAUCGAAUGUCGUAAAUAAAUCUCCAGCUCCUCUGAUCUUUUGUUCUGAGGUCUGUCAUUAUAAUCCUGCACUGAUCAUAAGAAAUCCCACUCACACACCCACACAUAUACACACACACAAACAUAUGCUCACACACAAACACACGCAUACACACACACUUUGAAUACUGUAUGGAGAUUGUGUUGAGCAUAAAAGAUUACACAAUAAUCAGCUUGUGUGUGGGCUGGCCCAUAGCCACGUUUUAUAUACUCCUCCUCAUCUUCCUCCUCCUCCUCCUCCUCCUCUCUAAAGACCCUAGAUUCUAGACUCACCACCACUGACGCCAGACAGUUUUUUGAUGUUCAGCCACAUUCUGUACUUUACGUAAUGAGGACUCCCUGUGGAGAACUGGGGUAACUGCAUUUAUGUAAAAUUCACUGGAAAUACUGCACUAUUACCAAUAUAAGACCAUCAGUGCAGUCAAUGACAAUUACCUAUGGUGUAUUUUCCUUUGAACGUUGUGGAGACCCUGUGACUUUCAUGUGUUUUAAGUCGCUCUGGAUAAGAGCGUCUGCUAAAUGACUAAAAUGUAAAAUGUGUUAUGUCUGUGUGUUCUGAGGGUCUGCAUACUGGUGUGUGAUUAUUAUGGUGACGUUGGUGCAUUGUCUGUUAUGUGUGUUUCAGUGCAGAAGAGUGGGGGCACCCAGCUUAAGCUGAUCAUGUCAUUCCCCAACUACGGACAGGCCCUCCUCAAACCCAUGAGGUGAGAAUCCACGAUAUGAUAUAUGAUACAAUAUACAAUAUUUAUUUAUUUUACCUUUAUUUUACCAGGUUAGUCUCAUUGAGAUUAAAAAUAUAUUUUGCAAUAGAGACCUGGCCAAAAAAGCAGCACACAAAGUUUCGACAUGUACAACAUAAAACACAAAGCACUACAGUUUAAAAACAUCAGUUAACACAUUUAACAGGCACAUUGGUUUUAGGAGGAGGGUUUCAACUAGGGGUCAAAACAUUGACAGCCCCCUAAAUCAUUUUACACCAUAGUUUUUACCCUAGCUUUAAAAUCAUUUAAAUAGACAACUCCUGUAGUUUCAAGUAUUUGUGAAGCUCAUUCAAAGUAGAGGGGGCAGAGUACUGGAACGCUUUUUUUCCUAGCUCUCCACAGGCAUGAGGCACAGUCAAGGAGAUACAGUACUGUGAGCGUAGGUGAUAAUUGUCAUUAAUCAGCUGGACAAUGUACAGUGCUAUGAAAAAGUAUUUGCCCCCUUUCCAAAUUUCUCUACUUUGUUUGUGAUACUGAAUGUUAUCAGAUCUUCAACCAAAACCUAAUAUUAGAUAAAGGGAACAUAAGUGAACAAAUAACACAACAAUUACAUAUUUAUUUCAUAAGCAAAGUUAUGCAACACCCAAUUCCCCUGUGUGAAAAAGUAAUUGCCCCCUUACACUUAAUAACUGGUUGUGCCACCUUUAGCUGCAAUGACUCCAACCAAAUGCUUCCUGUAGUUGUUGAUCAGUCUCUCACGUUGCUGUGGAGGAAUUUUGGCCCACUCUUUCAUGCAGAACUGCUCAGUGACGUGUGGGUUUUCAAGCAUGAACUGCUCGUUUCAAGUCCUGCCACAACAUCUCAAUUGGGAUUAGGUCUGGACUUUGACUAGGCCAUUCCAAAAUUUCCAAUUUGUUGCUUUUUAGCAAUUUUCAUGUAGACUUGAUUGUGUGUUUUGGAUCAUUGUCUUGCUGCAUGACCCAGCUGCGCUUCAGCUUCAGCUCACAGAUGGAUGGUCUGACGUUCUCCUGUAGAAUUCUCUGAUACAGAGCAGAAUUCAUGGUUCCUUCUAUUAAGGCAAGUCGUCCAGGUCCUGAGGCAGCAAAGCAUCCCCUAACCAUCACACCACCACCAUGCUUUGGUUUUCGCCAGGCAUUACUGGAACCAUGUCGUCCAAAAAGUUAUACUUUUGAAUCAUCUGUCCAUAGAACGUUCUUCCAAGAGUUUUGAUGAUCAUCCAGGUGCUUUUUGGCAAACUUGAGUCAACUUUUUGGACGAGAUGGGUCCCAUUAUGCCUGGCGGGUUUCAUCUUAGAUUUCGUGAAAACCAUCAACUUUGACUUAUCAGCAUUUAAGAGCAUCCUCAGCUGACAGAGCUGAGCCUGGACAAUAGGAAAGGCACAUUCAUCAAAGAACAAUAUCAUAUACAAUACAAUAUGAUAUACAAUACGAUAUACUACAUUAUGAUAUACGAUAUGACUUACAAUGCGAUAUGAUACUAUACAAUACAACACAACAAUACAACUUUAUUGUAUCAGUCACAGUAAUCUUAUUUUGAAGGGGAAAAAAACAUAAUCCUGUGUGUGUUUUAUGCAGGCAGGAGAGAGAUGCAGAGACAGACUUCAACCUAUUCUACUUCUCUGACUUUGAGAGACACAACGCAGAGAUUGCUGCCUUCCACCUAGACAGGUGAAAACAAUAAAAUAUGGACCUCCCAUCUGAGAUUCAUCUGUGUGUCAAAUGAAAGAGGAGAAACAAACUACUAAAGGCUACCACUGAUUUCUCUCUCUCUCUCUCUAUGUGUAUGUGUGUGUGUGUGUGUGUGUCCUCUCUCAGGUUGCUGGGUUUCCAUAGAAUCCCUCCAGUGGUAGGUAGACUCAUCAACUUAACCACGGAGAUCAGAGAUAUCACCACAGACCACAAACUCUCCAGAACCUUCUUCACCUCUCCUGGUGCGUGGCGGUUGGUCCAAUCAGCUUUCAUAAUCAAAUCUAACUCUCCUGAUGUGUCCAAUCAGCACAGAUAGCAACCAAAUGUCCCUCCUUCUCUGUUAUUAAGCUUGUAUGUGUAUAGUGGCUUGCGCUUUGUGCUAGUCCAGAGUUUCCCAAAUGGUUGGUUGGGUUGCACUGGUGGGCUACAGUUUACUUUCCAUUUCGUUUUAGGACUGGUCACAAGAAAAAGCUCCAAAUGCUUUUAGGUGGGUUACGACCCCAAAUGUUUGGCAACAACUGUCCACUGUAGGCCUACUACUUCCAUUUUGUCGGCCAACCCUCCCUCUCUCUCUCUCUCCAACCCCCUACCAGUGGGUAAUUUGUGUUUCCACGGCCAGUGUGAAUACUACUGCUCCACAGAGAACCCAGUGUGUGGUCGACCCCAGGUCCUGGAGGUGUCCCUGGCCUCCAUGCUGCCUGACCUCUCCCUGGCCCCCAGACGCUCCUGGAGGUCCCCUUGGAGACGCUCCUACAGCCGCACCAAACUGGCACCGUGGGUAGUGGGUACCGAAACGGGCCCCUUGACUGGGGGUCUCUAACUAUGGGAGGGGGUGCAAAGAAACCAUGUGAAGUAAAUAUCUGUAUUAGUGGUUAUAUACAGUAGAAAGCAAACCGAUGGUUUGAAUUGCAUUGAUAGAAUUCAACUAAUCAAUCAUGAACGCAAUGUAAUAAUGUGUAGUAGUAUCAUACUGUCCUCCACUGGGAAGAAGCCAUGCAUUUGACUAAAGCAUGUUGUAGUCCAUACAUCACAUGCAGCCGCUACUGUUUCAGAUGGCAGAAGAACCCAGACUACUGUGACACAGUGAAACAGACUCCUCCAUACAGCCAAGGCACCAGACUGGUGGAUCUAAUUGACAUGGUCAUUCUGGACUUCCUCAUGAGUCAGUAAGCACACUCAACUACACAGCUUCUACUACUGUUACUACUUCAGUCAUUCUUAUAUUCUUGAAUGAGUAACAAUUCAACACAAUACCUUUAUUUUUCUCAUCUUUUUUUGUGAACAAUAUAGUUUUUUUAUUGAAUCACUGAAGUAAUACAUACCAUAAGAAUGACACCCUGUUCUGAACAUUUCCCCACACAACCAUAUUACAAAUGUGCCAAGGUUUAAGUCCAUUGAUAAUGUGGAACCGAUUUCGAAUAGACAGAGAACAAUAAACUAUUAUCUUGCUAUAAUUCCUACAAAGGUAAUAUGGACAGACAUCACUACGAGACUUUUGAGAAGUUUGGGAAUGACACUUUCCUGCUGCACCUAGACAACGGGAGGGCGUGAGUAUCAAGUUUGAAAAUGAUUUGCUAGGAGAUAGUCAACAUGAUUCAUGAUAACUUUUCAGCUGGCUAGAAGACGUGGUAAACAAUGAAGUUGACACACAUCAGUCCAAUCAAAGUUACCGGAGAAAAGCCGUUGACUUAUCUGUGGCCAAUGACCUUGAGCCUUCUUGGACAGGCACUGCCAAUUUAACUAUAUUGGUAGCACCCAAGGGGGCAGAAGCUGCAUGGCCCUCAGUGAGCUAUCCCAGUAGGUGCUGCGGUGUUGUGAGUGACAUCACCCUGAGCCAAUCACGCGCAACCAGAGAAGAUCAAUGACACCUACGCUCUGUGCUUUCUCUGGCUGCCCCUCCGCCACAGAAGGCACAUGAGCAAGGCUAAAACAGCUGCAUUCUGGAGCUGCCUUACUAAAACAAUAAUAUGACAGGGAGUCGAGUAUGCUGCUAUAUUAACUCAAUAAAUUAUUUUGUUUCCAUUGUUUGCUAACUGAUAAGAUAUAAUAUUGUGACAUGAAAUAAUGCCAGAAUUACAUGCAAAGCAGCGCCAUCUGCUGGACAGUGGUGGGGCUGUGCCUCACUUGCCCUAAAUUAUGCGUCGGCACUGCAUAUGUUGAAGUUGUUGUAGUUUAUACAUACCGGUAUUACAGUUAUGUAAUAUUGUGGAAAUUAUGUUCUUUUUAGGUUUGGGCGUCAUUCUGUGGAUGAACCCUCCAUAUUGGUGCCCUUACGACAGUGUUGCAGGUAAAACUAUCAGCUUGUAUAAAGAUCUGGACAACUGCAUCAGAGAAAAAGUGCAAGAUGACAUCUCUCCCCCUCUCUUCCUUCUCUUUCUCCCUUUCCUCCUUCUCUCUCUCUAUCUCUCUCUCUCUUUUCCUUCUCUCUCAAUAUUUUCCUUCUCUCUCUUCUCUCUCUCCUUGUCCUCCUUGUCCUCCUUCUCUAUAUCGUUUUCUUCUCUCUCUCCCAAAUCUCUCUCUCUUUCUCAGGAUCCGUCGUUCCACUCUGAUGCGUCUGCGUCUCCUGUCCCUCCCGGGCUUCCGUCUGAGUGAUGUCAUGAGGGAGUCUCUGUCCCAGGACCCCCUGGAGGGUGUGGCCCCCCUCCUCUCUGUACAACACCUCUCCGCGCUGGACCGUCGCCUGAAAACCGUCCUGCAGGCUGUACACACCUGUCUGGAGGACCAUGAUGACGUUAUCCAUGAUGAUUUACAGGGAUUUGAUGUUAGUUUAUACCGCCACUAG